AUGUUCCCUCCUCUUUCAGCAAAAGGAGGAAAAAGAAACAGAAAUAAAGGGCAACAACAAUCUCAACAACAAAAUUUUCAACAACAGACUCCACAAAAAACUGAAAAACCUGCUGCUAAAGUGGAACAAUCUCCUAAACCUUCUCCUAGCUUCAACUUACCUGACCUUCCUCCUGAAACGUGUCAAUUAAUUGCUGAUUUAGCAGAUAUUGAAAAACGUCUUGACUCUUUAAACGCUUUAUCAGUAAUUGCUGAUAAGCACCCAGACCUAGCUAUUCCUUUGUGGUAUUCAUAUGGUACGGUUGUCAUUUUACUUGAAGAAAUUGUUAGUGUUUAUCCUUACAUAUCUGGUAAACACAAAGAAACUCUUGCUGUAUCAUCUUAUUCAUUGAUUCAAAGAGUUUGUAAAGCUUUGGCAUUACUCCAAACAAUUGCCUCUCAUCCAAAGACCCAACACUUUUUGAUUGGAAUUGAUAUUAUUUAUUUUUUGACUCCAAUCUUCGCUCUCACUCAAGUUGAAAGAGAAAUUGAGUAUUUACGUUUAACAUCACUUGGAGUCAUAGGAGCUAUGUCUAAAACUCGAGACCCUCAAAUUGUUAAAUAUUUAAUGGAUAAAGAAGUAUUGAUGAUUUGUAUUGUUUCUAUACAACAUGCUGCAGAAAUAUCACGAGUCAUUGCUACCUUUAUUCUUUCCAAAUUAUUUAGUGAAAGUACUGCAUUAGAAAAUGUUUGUGAAACACCACAAAAGAUUUUAUCAAUUGCCAACCUUCUUUGUCAUUCAAUAGUAACAACUGUUAUGCAAAAAAGAGAUGUCAACGGUCGUCUUGUUCGUUAUUCUUUGGAUUGUUUAAACCGAUUAUCAACAAAUCCAAAAGCAACACCUCAGCUCCACUCAGUUGUGACAGAGUAUAAAGGGCUUUUCAAAGACCAUCUUUUGGAAUACAUAGUAAGUAAAGAACCUAGUUUAAAACCAAAAUAUGAUGAAUUUUGUAGAAAUAUCAGUUUUUCUCCAAAAUGA